AUGGCCAGUGCAGAUAAUCACACUACCAAAAGAAUCAAUAUUGAUAUAGAGAAUUGGUUCAAGCGUGAGGACUUCAUAUCCUUGCUUGAAAGGUUCAAUGACUCCGAGAAGGGCCAGAUACUCUUCAAUGGGAAGGGUAUAUCAAAUGUCAACAUCUAUACAUACCACAAACACUUAUCUCUCGCGUCACAAGAGCCUACGCUCUUUCAGGGCACGAUCCGAGAUAACGUUCUCCUUGGUAUUGAUCCCAGAACAAGAACUGACAGUCAACUCCACGCCGCCUGUCGUAGCGCGUCGAUUCAUGACUUCAUUAUGUCUCUCCCCGAGACCUACAACACCGAUGUGGGAUCCCGCGGCAUCAGGACAGAAGUAGCACAUUGCUAUCGCUCGAGCUCUGAUUCGCAACCCCCUGGUCCUCGACGAGGCUACUGGUCCUCUUGA